CUAGUGCGCGUCAGGAUCAAAUAGAGGACGAACAGCGAGCGGCUAGUCAGAAAAUAGCAAGGGUUUAUUUGUUUCUCUUGUAUUGUACAUUUACAGCAGGUUUUUACAUUUAUAGUACAGUGUUUCACUCGAGGUAAAUAGUUAACAAAUGCGAGGAGCCAUCAUGCGGCUGCUGUGUGUGUUUGGUGCUAUUUUAUUUAGUUUUCAGCAGGCCUUCGCGCAGACAGGGCCUGUGAUUAUGCCUAUUCCAAUAGAGGUGAGCAACCAGACCUCUGCCACACUCAGCUGCAACCUCACCAGCCCAGGAUUUAAAAUCACAGGCCACCACUGGAAAAAAAAUGGCAAGAUUAUCGAAAGCACCAAGAGGCAAAGCACAGCGCAGUACAUGGAGUACAACGUUUCGAAGAUUGAGACCAACUCUGGAAUAUAUACUUGUGUCUUUGAGUCAGAGAUCCCAGCUGAAAAAUCCAUCAGUGUAAAAGGUCGUCCUCAUAUUGCGGUCCACAAGCACUCUGAGAGUGCUAAUGAGAAUGACAAGGUGCUGUUGGUGUGCGAGUGCCAUAGCUACCCCUGCUUCACUGACUGGACGUGGAAAAUGCUCACUGAGUCAGGCAAGGAGAUGGACAUCGGCAAUGCCACUGAGAAGUAUUCAAUCAUGAGCGUGCCCGAAAAUUCUACGCUUACCAUCACUGACCUGAAUAACGCGGAUGCUGGUACCUAUGAGUGCACUGGGGAGAACGAAAUUGGCCGUGCUUCCAACAAAAUCCAGCUACGUGUGCGUAGCCGCUUGGCUGCUCUCUGGCCCUUCCUGGGCAUUGUGGCUGAGGUCAUCAUCCUCGUCACCAUCAUCUUCAUCUACGAGAAGCGGAGAAAGCCUGACGAGAUUAACGACGAUGAUGACUCAGGAUCAGCCCCACUGAAGAGCAACUCCGCAACUGACCACAAAGACAAGAAUUUGCGUCAAAGGAACUCCAACUGAGAGCGGAGAUGAGGUAUCCUGAAGACUACUAAGCAAGAUACAAGAAAAGCAUGAAGUUGCUGUGUGGCUCCUCAAGAUCGUGCUCUGCGAUCUUGGUUAUCGUUUUCUGCUCAAGUGUAAAUGUCCUGAGAUAUUGAUCGCUUUGUUUUCAUUCUUUCCCAGUAUUCCUCUCUGUAUUGUGCUGCCAGCGAAUGUGUUCUAAAAAUUGCGGGUUUUGUGGUGGGGGAAAAUGCAUGAUUUGUAUUCUUGCUAUAAAGUGUGUUGUAGUGAAACCCUUUUCAUGUGGGAAUGAACAGUUGAUGGUUUUCUUGUGUCUGCUUCUUCUACUGUGCCACGCAACUUUCACUUGGAUACCAAACUGUGAGACGCGUGAUCAGCUACAUCCUGCCUCUGAAAUCAGCUCAUAUUCUGAUUGCUCCCUGUGGAUUUUUAUUUUUAGUGGUUUUUUUUAUGGUGGCAAUUUUAGUACAAUCUUCUGCCAAUUUCAUCCACGUUUUAUAACAAUUUGAUACCCAGGCUAUUAUAAUUCUGCAUCUAUUCUUAAAGCUUAUAUAAAUAAAUAUCUCUCCGUUUGGUAGCAUGGGAUUUGCAGAGCUUCAGUGUCUUCCGCUAUUCUUGAUGUCUAUAUUACUACCAGAGUUAUGGUUUGAAAGGUUCACCUAUUUAGUUCACUUUUUUGGCAGUUCAUCUUUUUUUUCUGUCAGCCUUAAUGUUGAUCUAUUUUGUUGAAUAUGCUUAUUUUAUAGUCAUAGAAUUAUUAACUAUUAGCACACUGAAUUGCACUGUCAUAGUUCACUACAGAAUGCCACUUUGCUUAAUUCUUGUUCUAGACUAAUAAUUUUUUUUGUGUUUUAGUGGUGCUUUUUAAGUAAGGGCAAUGUGUGUGUUUUUUGUAAUAGCAACAGUAACCGUGCAUUGAAGAGGACCAAGCAUGAACAGUUUGUGCCAUUUACUACUCAGAUGAUAAUCUAGAAUCUAAUACAGAAUCCAGUACUAAUCCAAACUAAAGCUAAUUUUAGAUCGAUAACUAUUGAAGUAACCGUGCCAUUUAGUUCAAGUAUUUAUCCUGAGUAUUCAUCUUCCCUGUAAGCAAUUCAAAAGCCAUUCUACACACAAAUGUAUGACUGAAUUUCUGCCAUUUCUUGAAAAGGCAUAUUGAAUACGAAGAAUUUUUUGAGCUGGUGUAAAUUAUUUUGCCUUUGAGACAUAGGAAAUUGUAAACUGUCAGCUUUACUGACUUUCACCCUCUGAAUAAAGUUAUUUGGUUUGAUUUUAA